UGGGCGCCCGCCUUUUUCCUGAGGGGGAGAAAUGAGGGGCGAAUGGAAGGCAGGCUCAGUUCGCGCGCAGCUGCUCUUUUGUGAGGGGUCCAACUGUCACCCGCGGGAGGGUGGCUCGAGCUUAAGCGAGAGCCUUGCCUCGCUACGCCUUUCUGCCCUUGGGCCCCCGUGCCAGUGUAGACGAAGCCACUCUGACUGCCUCUUUGGGGCCCCUGCAUCAUCCUUCCAAACAGGAGUCAGAGUGUUCUGUUGGCUUCCGACGGUAUUUACCUGGCGAUCGGGCGAACUCCCGACUGCUUGUAAACAAGGAACGCAGAAGCCUUUUGACUUCAGCAAAGUCGAGGAGUCGCAAGUGGCUGGGGCUCUUGAUUUGCUCAAGGAACUUAAGAAUAUGCCCAUGACUCUGGAAUUGCUACAGUCUACAAGAAUUGGAAUGUCAGUGAAUGCAAUACGCAAGCAAAGUACAGAAGAAGAAGUUACAUCUUUAGCAAAAUCUCUCAUUAAAUCGUGGAAGAAAUUAUUAGAUGGACCAUCGAAUGAUAAAGAACCUGAAGAAAAGAAAAAAGAAGCAGCAUCUUCCUCACAAAACAGUCCUGAAGCAAGAGAAGAAAGUUCCAGUAACAACUCAAGCAGCAAGAAAGAAGAAACUAAUGCUCCCUCAGAAGCCUUUAUAUCUUCAUUUCCUCGGGCUCCAAGCACAUCUGAUUCUGUACGGAUGAAAUGCAGAGAAAUGUUGGCAGCAGCUCUCAAAACUGGAGAUGAUUACAUUGCUAUUGGUGCUGAUGAGGAAGAGCUGGGAUCUCAGAUUGAAGAAGCUAUAUUUCAGGAGCUAAAAAACACUGACAUGAAAUACAAAAACAGAGUGCGCAGCAGGAUAGCAAAUCUUAAGGACACAAAGAACCCUAAUCUAAGGAAAAAUGUUUUAUGUGGGAAUAUACCUCCUGACAGGUUUGCCAAAAUGACAGCAGAGGAAAUGGCAAGUGAUGAACUAAAAGAAAUGCGAAAAAAUCUUACCAAAGAAGCCAUAAGAGAGCAUCAAAUGGCUAAAACUGGAGGCACUCAAACUGAUCUAUUUACAUGUGGUAAAUGCAAAAAGAAGAAUUGUACUUAUACCCAGGUUCAAACGCGAAGUGCUGAUGAACCUAUGACGACAUUUGUUGUGUGUAAUGAAUGUGGAAACAGAUGGAAGUUCUGCUAGAAGAAGGAAUUGUUGACAUCUGGACCAGUAUGAAAGAUGAUUUUAUAAUUAGCUUUAAGAACUAGGUCAAGCAUCUAGCUUCCUGCAUUUUUUCCUUUUAAGCAGACGUCUCUAAACCUAGAUUUUGUUUUUGACACAACCAUCCCAGUAGUUGAUAGUCAGUAGAGCCAGGAUGCUCAAUUGUAUGAUGUAAUUUCUUUUUUUUUUUUCAUUUUUAUAAGCAAGUCUACAUUAAACUUUUAUCAAUGACAUUUGGGUAACUGCUUUUUUCUUAACUUUGUGAAUGAAGAGUUGUAUGUCUUUACAUUUGGCAUAUCCAGAUGAAAUGUUUCUUUGUAGAAUGGAAUUCAUAUUUAAUAACCUAUUCCUCUUUAAACAUUUUGGGUGUGUGAGGGCAAUUAUUUCACUUUAUACUGAGUAUAACUUAAUAAACAAUAUUUGGUGUCAGUGGCUAGGUUGUAUGAACCAUUUCUGCACAGGCCCUUGGAUGCUAAUUGUUACAUCUGAUGUUUGUGUGACACACACACACACACACACACACACACACACACACACCUCUAUUUCAAAACUAUACAACAUUUAAUUAUGUAACUUCUAUUGAUCUAUCCAAUUUAUUGUGCAGCCCUACAAUGUGUAUUAUUUUCAGUUCUAGAGAAAUUCCUAAUGGUUGGUUUGACCUUACUGUUUAGUUUCUUUAUAUGCUUGAUGCCAUAAUUCAUUUUAGAUUCUGUAAAUGAACAAAGAUGCUCUGUGGUACUCUGCCUAGCUGGAAAUGUAAAACUAAUAUUUAUCAAUUUGUAUAGGUAUUAGUUCAUGUGGACUCUUAAUGACCAUCACUUUUUACAUGUAUAAUCACUGAUUCCAGACUUGGUGCUCAGAAAUAAAAGUAUGGUCUUUCACUGUC